CUCUAUCUCGUUCAUCCCCCACGGCCACAUUGAACAGUGGUAGGUUGGCAGCCGAGGCCUCUUGUUUUGGUUUCUUUGGCUCUGCCUCAGCUCUGGUCAAGUGCUUCACUCCACAAACGACAGCAACAGCAACCUUUUUCCCUCACAGCCAGCUGCUUGCCUUUCCAUGCAAAAGAGAAGCCAUUUUGCGGAACCCCCACCACCACUGCUGCUCUCUGACUGGUCCUUCCCGUCACCUCGUUGAGGUGAAGAAAAUAUCUCUUCUUUGGAUCCAAGAUAUUUCCUUUUCUACAGUUUUUCUCGGGAGGGAGGAUCUCUGUGAAGAAACUUUGGUACCCGAUCCUGCUCUGUAAUGUGCUUCGCUGAAGCCUUUUUGUAGAUUUUGUUGUCCUUGCCAUCACCAGAUGGGAGUGAAGUAAAGAUCUGGUCUUUGGAUCCAAGAUGUCUCCUUUCUGUAGUUUUCUUGGGUUUCCCUUCCUUUCCUUUCCUUUAGUCCUCACAAGGAAAGAUUUCUGUGAAGAAACUUGAGUUCUUCUGUGUUCUCUACAUUUUAAGGGCCGGAUGUCGCUGUCAAGACAAUGCUGAUGGCCAAUUCUGAAGAUCUGAGCAUUUCAGUAUCAAUGCUAUCUGUUUAUUGAUCUCCUCAAGGCAGUCGAGGUUCUUGAUACAAGGAGCUGUGAUCCGAAGAAUGAGGUUCUGUGGCCUGCUCCUCGUAUUACUAGCAUCCCUCUGUGCAGCAUCUGCGCAAACUGUGGCGAAACCCAUUCUGAUCGACUGUGGUUGUAAUUCUACCAUCACUGUGAACGGUAGACAGUGGAUUGGGGAUUCCUUUCCUGGCGAAAAUUUCACGUUAAGCUCUUCUGGAAUCACUGCUUCGGCUACCGCGGCGGUCAGCGGAGAACCAGUCUAUGGAGCUCUGUACAGGACUGCUCGGAUCUUUAACACCUCAUCGAGCUACAACUUCACGGUGCUCCCAGGGAACUACUGCAUCAGGUUCCACUUCUUCCCCUUCUCUUUCGAUGGUUUCAAUGUCAAUGACUCCUCGUUCGAUGUGACGGCCAACGACCUAAAGCUGGUUUCCAAGUUCAACGUCCCUGGAGAGAUUUACUGGAAGAACACGAGGAGCAAGUCGAACGUCACUUCUCUGGUGAAAGAGUACUUGCUUAGUGUUAGUCUGAACCAGCUCAAGAUUGAGUUCGUCCCCGAAUCUGGGUCGUUUGCGUUCAUCAGUGCUGUCGAGGUUAUCCCGAUCCUUGACAGGUUGUUCGCUGAGACUGCGAAUAGAGUGGGCAGCAAUGGCUUAAAGGUCCCUUUGAGUCUGAGCGAUCGCGGGAUGGAGACCAUGUACAGGUUGAAUGUGGGAGGCCCUGAGAUCAGUUCCGGCGAAGACCAUGAUCUGUGGAGGAAGUGGGAUUCCGACGAAAGAUUCAUGUUCUCUGUCAAUGCUGCAUACAGCAUCAGCAACACUUCGAACGUGAGCUACGCGUCGAUCAACGACUCCUCCAUCGCUCCCAUACUGGUCUACGAGACGGCGAGAACGAUGACGGACAACCAAGUCGUGGAGAAGAGAUUCAACGUGUCGUGGAGGUUCGACGUGGAUCCCAACUUCGAUUACCUGAUCAGGCUGCACUUCUGUGAGCUCGUCUAUGACAAGCCAAACCAGAGAAUCUUCAGAGUCUACAUAAACAACAAGACCGCGGCUGAGAACUACGAUGUCUUCAAGCAAGCAGGGGGGAAGAACAAAGCCUACCACGAGGACUACGUCGAUGCCAUCUCACAGAAGGUGGACACACUCUGGCUUCAGCUGGGACCGGACUCGCUCACGAGUGCUUCGGGUACUGAUGCUCUCCUCAGUGGCGUGGAGAUCUUCAAGCUCAGCCGGAGUGCGAAUCUAGCUCAUGCUCCUGAGAGAAUCAACACCGUCCAGGGAGGCUUGCUGGAUCAAAAGCCGAAGAACAAGAUUCUGUGGACGGCCAUCGGUGCCGGUGCCGGUAUGACGAUUACCGUAUUGCUGUUGUUUGCUGCCUUCGUGCGUUACCGCACUCGCAGGAAGAAGCCACCUCCGGCAAAGAGGAGUCCCGUUUGGCGCCCGCUCUCCCUCCACGGGACCAUGGGAAGCACAACAAACGCCUGGGCGUCGAAGUCGCCUUCGAACAAGAUCGGAUCGACGGCCUCUAACAGGAUCGAAAGAAGGUUCACCAUAGCAGAAAUCAGAGCUGCAACUAGAAACUUCGACGACACGUUGGUGAUCGGAACAGGAGGUUUCGGGAAGGUGUACAAGGGUGAGAUGGACGAGGGGAUGACAGUGGCGAUCAAAAGGGCCAACCCACAAUCUGAGCAGGGACUGAAGGAAUUCGAAACCGAGAUCGAGAUGCUCUCGAAGCUACGCCAUCGGCACCUGGUUUCGAUGAUCGGAUACUGUGAUGAGCAGAAUGAGAUGAUCUUGGUAUACGAGUACAUGGCCAAUGGGACUCUCAGAAGCCACCUCUUCGGGAGUGACCUCCCACCACUCACCUGGAAGCAGCGGUUGCAUGCGUGCAUCGGAGCUGCGCGAGGACUUCACUAUCUUCACACAGGAGCAGAGGGGGGUAUAAUCCACAGGGAUGUCAAGACCACCAACAUAUUGCUGGAUGAGAACUUCGUAGCGAAAAUGGCAGACUUCGGGUUGUCCAAAGACGGUCCGGCAUUCGAUCAUACGCACGUCAGUACUGCCGUGAAGGGAAGCUUCGGGUACCUCGAUCCAGAGUACUUCCGGCGGCAGCAGUUGACGCAGAAAUCAGACGUCUACUCCUUCGGUGUGGUGCUAUUCGAAGUCCUCUGUGCCAGGCCAGUCAUAAAUCCAAGCUUGCCAAGGGAGCAGAUCAAUCUGGCGGAGUGGGCACUGCAUUGGCAGCGGCAGAAAUCGAUGGAAAGAAUCAUGGAUCCUCGCCUGGAAGGGAACUACUCAUCAGAGUCACUGAAGAAGUUUGCGGAUAUCGCCGAGAAAUGCCUUGCUGAUGAGGGGAAGAACCGGCCGACGAUGGGGGAGGUCUUGUGGCACCUCGAGAAUGUGUUGCAGCUGCAUGAAGCUCAUGUGCAGAAGGGAGAUCUGAAUUCAUCGCCGACAAGUCAGGCGAGAUAUGCUGCAGAUGUAUCGUUCAGCCUCCCGCGCAUUGUCGAGGGAGAAGAGGAAGCUUGCACAGAACCAGAAAGCAUUGAUGGGGUGGGAUACCAAGAAGGCCAAGGCUGAAGAGCACUGAUCAGAGAUGAGUGGACCUGUUGGCUGCCGUCUUCAAGUUUAUCCUUAUCAUCAACCCAUGCACGCCAACUUAGUCCUUGUAGGUGAGGAUGAAGAGCUGGAUUCUACUUCUUGAUGUAUUCUUGAGAGAAGAUUUGUUCUCUCUGUUCCUUCUUAUCCAGGUUGUAUUCUUUUGUUCAUCCUUGUAGCAACCAUGAAGGCUAAAUGACUGUUCUUGAGCUA